AUGUUGAGGGAAAAUGGGUUUGAUCAAGUUUUGGAGAAAUGCUACUCUUUUUGUGAUAAACAUAAGAUUGUGAAGUUGGAUAUGGCUGAAGCUUAUGUUAAUGCAAGAAAUUCAAGGAAAAAGGUGAACAUUACCAAUCAACAUUAUUAUAACUAUGAUAUAUUCAACACUGUUUUGGAUAUGCAAAUCCGAGAGUGUGGUGAUCGUUUUGGUGAGAUAAGUACCGACUUGCUUCAAAAUAUGGCGGCUUUGAAUCCACGCAAUUCAUUUUCUCAAUUUAACAAAUCAAGCCUAUUGAAGUUGAGUCAGAUGUAUCCCCGAGAUUUUGAAGACAAGGAAAGGAUCAUUCUUGAGCAUGAACUUGAUAUCUACUAUCAUUCUGUUUAUAAUGAUGUCAGAUUUGCCAACUUAAACGGUAUUGCCGACCUCGCCAGAUUAAUGGUGGCAACAAGAAAGCAUCUUUCUCAUCAUUUAGUCUACCGGUUAUUGAAACUGACACUGGUUUUGCCUGUUGCAACUGCUACGGUUGAAAGAUGUUUUUCGGCGAUGAAGCUUGUCAAGACAGAUUUACGUAACCGAAUUGGUGAUGAUUUUUUGAAUUCUGCCCUCAUUUGCACCAUAGAAAAGGAAGUCCUUAGUAAUGGUAAAGACGAAGAUAUCAUCGAUCGUUUCCAAAAGAUGAAGACACGCCGAGGACAAAUUUAG